CGUCCACUCGGCGGAGGCUGAAAAGCAGCGUUGCCGUGCAUGAAUGGAGAUAAGUGGUGCAUGAGUGGCAACGGUCUCGAUCGCGCCCUCGAUGCCGGCACGGAGGGGGUAACAUCACGCGAGCAGUUCGAGCCGUACAACACCUCUCGCGGCCCUUUCGUGCAUAUCGAUCUUCAAAGUACAUCUCCCUUCCCCAUCGCCUUAUCUCUGGCCUUUUGUGAUUCAUAUAUCGCCACACUCCGCUCUGUCUAGGCGUCAACGCAGCUUCCUGACACGCUACGGCCACCCCUUUCCAAGCCGCUCCAACUGCAACACAUGCGGUAUAUUUACAACCGAGCCCACGACUGGCGUUUCUCGCAACCCUCGCCCUGAGGAAACAACCUCACGAAGGAAACCACUACCAUGUCGACCUCUACGGACGUCAAAGACGACUCGCCCGAUCGUAUUGGCCCCGACCAUAGUCCAAAGAAAACCUGGAAGGACAAGGGCAGACGCAUCGCGCGAGCAUUCACCACCAAGGAUGGACUCGUGGGCAAUUACGAUUAUGCCUUCUUGUUCACCCCUAACAUCCCCUUUAUGAAGCAUGAGCGCAGGGCCGCGCCCUUUUUUGGCUUGAACGAUUCCAUGCCCGUGCUUUUGGCGUUGUUGCUUGGGUUUCAGCAUGCAUUGGCUAUGCUCGCGGGCAUCGUCACCCCUCCCAUCAUCCUCGCCGGCGCCGCCAACUUGACCGGCGACCUGCAGACGUAUCUCGUCAGCACCUCUCUCAUCGUCUGCGGCGUCCUCUCCGCCAUCCAAAUCACCCGCUUCCACAUCAUCGGCACCCCAUACUACGUCGGAACAGGGCUGAUUUCCGUCGUCGGAACGUCUUUUGCCAUCAUCCCCGUUGCUACCGGCGCGCUGGCUCAGAUGUACUCGACGGGAUAUUGUCCGUCGGCCGCAGACGGCACCAAAUUGCCCUGCCCGCAAGGCUAUGGUGCUAUCAUUGGGACGUCCUGUUGCUGUGCUCUAUUCGAAGUUGCGUUGUCUUUUGCUCCGACAAAGGUUCUGAAAAAGAUCUUCCCACCCAUUGUGACCGGCCCUACAGUGCUCCUCAUCGGCGUCUCCCUCAUCUCAUCUGGUCUCAAAGAUUGGGCUGGAGGCUCGGGCACUUGCUCGGAGCUUUUGACCACCGGACCAUACCGUCUAUGUCCGUUCGUCGGUGCUCCACGCGCCGCGCCAUGGGGAAGCGCACAAUUCCUCGGCCUUGGCUUUCUCGUCUUCUUCACCAUCAUCUUGGUCGAGCGCUUCGGGGCUCCCAUCAUGAAGAGCUGUGCCGUUGCUCUAGGACUUCUUAUGGGCUGCAUCGUUGCCGCUGCUUGCGGCUACUUUGACAAGUCUGGAAUCGACUCUGCGCCGGGUGGCAGCUUCAUUUGGGUGCAUACGUUUCCUUUGAGUGUCUAUGGUCCCAUAGUGUUGCCUUUGCUUGCCGUGUAUACUGUACUUCCUAUGGAGGCAAUCGGCGACAUCACGGCCACCUGCGAUGUUUCGAGACUCGAGGUUGAUGGACCUCUAUUCGACAGCCGAAUUCAAGGUGGCGUGCUCGCUGAUGGACUGAAUGGUAUCUUGGCUGGCCUGGCCACCAUCACGCCCAUGAGCACCUUCGCCCAAAACAACGGUGUCAUUGCCCUCACUCGCUGCGCGAAUCGCAAGGCUGGCUACUGCUGCUGUCUUUGGCUCCUGUUGAUGGGAAUCGUGGCCAAGUUUGCCGCCGCGCUCGUCGCAAUUCCCAGCCCAGUCCUCGGUGGCAUGACAACCUUCCUGUUCGCCGCAGUGGCAGUGUCGGGUAUCCGCAUCAUCGGCACCGUCCCAUUCACGCGCAGAACGAGGUUCAUCCUGACAGCCGCACUGGCUCCAGGUUUCGGCGCCACUCUCGUCCCCAACUGGUUCUCCUUCGUCUUCACCUACAACGGCAACAACCACGCUCUGCAAGGCUUCUUCAACGCCAUCGUGCUCGUUAUGGAAACGGGCUUCGCCGUCACGGGCAUUCUCUCUUUGCUGCUGAACCUCUUCCUCGCCGAGGAGAUUGAAGACGAAGCCAUUCCUGAGUAUACGGGGAAUGAAAUUGAUGCCCCGGGCGACCGGGAGGAGUGGGAUCGGAUUGAGAAGCACACAGUUCAGCAAGAGGGGGAGGGGGAGAAGGCGGUGAAGGAGGCUUAGGAGGAUGGGAGAGGUGUUGGUCUUUGGUUUUGCCGGAAAGAGUGUGAUGGAAAGCUUUUGAUGGCAAUUGAUGACUUAUAUGAUUUUGUUUAUGUAGAUGUGCACAGUGUUGCUAUCCUCAUGCCCGCUGAUCCCAGGAUCGAGAAUAAAUCGUAUAAACCGAGAAGUUCAACAGAG